GGCGGAAGUCACGUUGGAGAUGCGGCUUCUUCUCGCGAGAAUUGUGCCUUGUAGAUGGCUGCGUGCUGAGGCCGUACACGUGUGAUACCGGAGGAGUGUAGUGUGAGGCCGGAGAGAUGCAGCACGAUGAUGUGAUCUGGGACAUUGUGGGGAACAAGCAGUUCUGCUCCUUCAAGAUAAAAACUAAAACUCAGAACUUCUGCCGGAAUGAAUACAACAUCACUGGUCAGUGUAACCGCUCCUCCUGUCCCCUCGCCAACAGCCAGUAUGCCACCAUUAAAGAGGAGAAAGGCAUCUGCUUCCUGUACAUGAAGGCAAUAGAAAGAGCGGCGUUCCCGGCCCGGAUGUGGGAGAAGGUGCGACUGAGCAAGAACUAUGAGCAGGCUCUGGAACAGAUCGAUGAAAACCUCAUCUACUGGCCGCGAUUCAUCAGACAUAAGUGCAAGCAGAGAUUUACCAAGAUCACUCAGUACCUGAUCCGCAUCCGCAAACUCACUCUCAAGAGGCAGAGGAAACUCGUCCCGUUAAGCCGGAAAGUAGAAAGAAGAGAAAGGAGGAGAGAAGAGAAAGCCCUGAUAGCUGCUCAGUUGGACAACGCUAUAGAGAAAGAGCUACUCGAGCGUCUAAAGCAAGGAACGUAUGGAGAUAUUUACAACUUCCCCAUCCAAGCCUUUGACAAAGCUCUGGAGCAGCAGGAAGCCGGAAGUGAAUCGGAGUCCUCGGAAGAAGAAGCAGAGGAUGAAGAUGAAGAGAGUGGUAAGAGAGAGUUUGUGGAAGAUGACGAGGUCGAAGAAAGCGACGUCAGUGAUUUUGAGGACAUGGAAAAAUUAGGUGCUGGCAGCGAUGAGGAAAACGAAUCUGAUGAAGAAGAGUCAUCAGAAGAAGAAGAGGAGGAGGAGGGGGAAAAGGCAAAGAAUACAAAAGGAAAGUCAAAAGGCAAAGCUCCUGUGAAAGGACCAUUGCGGAAGAAGCGAGCGUAUGUGGAAAUAGAAUAUGAACAAGAGACUGAGCCACAGCAGAAAGUUAAAUCUACUUGACCGGGACUGUUCUCUGAACUGUUUUUGUUUUCUAAAUAAAUCCUUUACCCACAUA